CGAUGAGUAGUUCAAACUCAACGCUCCAUGUAGCGAUACUCUCCAGUCCAGGAUUCGGCCAUAUCAUUCCGGUUCUUGAGCUCGGGAAACGCCUCAUCGCCUCCAACCAAAACAUCAGAGUGACAAUCUUUGCCUUGUCUUCCACGUCACAAGCCGAGUCCCUAACCAUCAAAGAAGCCACGACCGCGAAACUCAAUGUUGUAACGCUCCCUCCAGUUGACAUCUCUGGCCUAGUCGAUCCAAAAGCCGCUGUAGUUACGUGCCUUGCCGUCAUAAUGAGAGAGAUACGACCUGCAUUCCGGUCGGCGCUGCACGACAUGGCGUGUCCUCCUACCAUGCUCAUCGUCGACACUUUUGGCACAGAAUCGUUGCUCAUUGGGGAGGAGCUAGGUAUUCCUAAGUACGUUUACAUUCCUUCCAAUGCAUGGUUUCUCGCUCUGAUGACGUACUCUCCAACCCUAGACAAGGAAGUGGAAGGAGAGUACGUUCUUCGAACCGAACCUCUCAAAAUUCCGGGUUGCAGAACAGUCGUACCAGAAGAAGUGAUCGACCCAAUGCUGGACAGAACCAACCAACAGUAUUCUGAAUACAUACGAUUUUCUGCUGAGAUUUCACUCGGUGAUGGGAUUUUGCUGAAUAUUUGGGAGGAACUGCAGCCUACAACACUAGCUGCGUUUAGAGAUGAGAAACUCUUGGGUCGAGUGACUAAAAUGGUGCCGGUAUAUCCGGUCGGACCGUUAACUAGACUGGUCCAAUCAGGUGAUAUGACGGUUAAUAAGGACUUGUUUGAUUGGCUUGACAAACAACCUAGUGAGUCGGUGAUAUUUGUGUGUUUGGGAAGCGGAGGGACCUUGUCUAAUGAACAAAUGAUGGAGAUGGCUUGGGGUUUGGAGUUGAGUCAACAAAGAUUCAUUUGGGUUGUACGGCCACCCACAACAAAAUCAGAUGCCGCCUUUUUCACUGCCGGAAAUGGUGUGGGUGACGUAUCAACUUAUUUUCCGGAAGGGUUUCUGACCCGGACCAGCGGUAUGGGUUUUAUUGUGCCUCUUUGGGCACCACAAGUGGACAUCUUAAGCCAUUUGUCGGUUGGAGGGUUUUUCUCCCACUGUGGGUGGAACUCAACGCUGGAGAGUGUGAAAAAUGGGGUGCCAAUGAUUGCUUGGCCGCUCUACGCUGAGCAGAGGAUGAACGCCACGUUGUUGACUGAGGAGCUCGGGGUGGCGGUCCGGUCAGAGGUGCCGCCUUGGAAGAAAGUGGUUGGCAGGGAGGAGAUAGAGAGGAUGGUGAGGAAGAUCAUGGUGGAGAAUGAUGGGUUUAAAAUAAGGGGUAGGGCGAAAGAGCUAAAACGAAGUGGAGAAAGGGCUUUGAGAGAAGGCGGUUCGUCAUAUAAUGCCUUGUCUCAAGUGGUAAGUAAAACAGUACAAGAUAUGAAGAUAUGGAGGAUGAAUUAUCAUGCAAAUGAAAAUGCGUAAUUGGUGUGUGUGUGUGAUGAAGGAGAGCUCGUGCCGUUAUAUAUAUAGUGCCUCAUGACUUGCAUGUAUUUGUGAGCUUGAUUUGCUCUUUGUCAAUCACAUAUGUAUGUUGCUUGUAUAACUCAGUUCAAUUAUAAUAAUGCUUGAUUUUGCAUUUA